CAUCUUCUCCUGCCUAUCAGUCAGGGUCACAUUGGGUCUGGUCUCCAGCGGUCUGUGGGUGAAAGGCAGGGUACAUCCUGGACUGGUCAUCUACAGUAAAUAUCACCUGAACAGUAGUUAAAAUAUUUAACAGUUGAGAAUCUGCAGCUCACCUCUAAUCUGCAGCUCUAAAGCUUUGAUUAUGAAAGUAGAUGUCCAAUCCUUGCCAGAUUACAGAGGAGCAUUGAGUGGCCUUUUCAUUUCUUUUAUGUGAGAGGUUCAGUGCCUGCUGAGAGAUGUAGUUCCAAUCUGUUUCUAUCUUGUUAGAUCUAACAAGGGUAAAUAAAGUGAAGUGUCCUUUCUAUAACCUACACUAGAAAGUCUUUCUGCUGUGUUUGUCUUUCCAGACCACCUACAGGAUAAUGUUGGAAAAGAGGAGGACUUGAUUGACCAGCAGCUCUGUGAACAGGAGAGGAAUUACAGUUUGGAUGAAGAGGAACCAGAACCUCUGCAGAUAAAAGAAGAGCAAAUGGAGCCAGAACAUCCCUGGACAAAAGAGGAAACCACAGAGCUCCCCAUUAGUGAGAAUGAAGAGCAUCUUGUUCUGAAGCAGACUGAAGACAAACGAGAGAAACCUUUCCCAUGUUUGACAUGUGGAGAAACCUUUCUAGAAAAAGAACAUUUAUUGGUUCACAUGAGGUCUCACACAGGUCAGAAGUUUUAUGAAUGUCCGUUCUGUGGAAAAAGCUUUAUUAAGAAAUCUAAACUUGAUAGACACAUCAGAGUUCACACAGGGGAGAAGCCUUUCUCCUGUACAAUUUGUGACAAAAGUUUUACUGACAAAAGUUUUUUACCUGAACACAUGAGAACUCACACCGGUGAGAAGCCUUUCUCCUGUACUAUUUGUGGUAAAAGUUUUACUGUGAAAAGUAGUUUAACUAAACACAUGAGAACUCACACAGGAGAGAAGCCUUUCUCCUGUACUAUUUGUGGUAAAAAUUUCACUGUAAAAAGUAGUUUAAUUGAACACAUUAGAACUCACACAGGUGAGAAGCCUUUUGAAUGUCUCUCCUGUGGAAAAAGCUUCACAACGAAAUCUCAUCUUAAUCGACACAUCAGAAUUCACACCGGUGAGAGGCCUUUGGAUUGUCUAUCUUGAGGGAAAAAGUUUCCACUUUGAAUUUCACCUUAAUAAACAUAUAACAAUUCACACAGGUGAGAAGCUGUUCUUCUGUACUAUUUAUUGCAAAAAUUUUAGUCUUUUGACAUUUCACAUGAGAACUCACUCAGAUGAAUUACCCUUUUCUUUCAAGACUUGUACGAAAAGGUUCCCUCACAAAUCUAAUUGUUAGACACAUUAGAAUUCAAACAUGGGAGAAGCAUUUCUCCUGCACAAUGCGUGGCAAAAGUUUUACUGUAAAAUGCAGCUUGACUAAACACAUGACGACUAAUGUGAGAAACAUUUUUCAUCCAUGACACAUGAAACUUAUUUUAAUAAGAGAGAUUUAUUCCUUCACCUAAGAAGUCAAAUCAAUUUAGCCCUGAAACACUUGUUUUUGACAAAAAUCUUAGAUUUUGUAUUAGUUUUAGUCUUCAGGACGAAAACUAUUAUUAGUUUUAGCCACAUAUGAUAGGUUUAGUCAGUUUUAUGUUGCAAUUCAUAAAACAGUUAAGUUUACAACUUCAAAUAACAACUAGAUUCUUUACCAGACUGACAGAUCUUGCCUAGAUACUACAUUUGCUGGGUAUAGAAUGCUGCCAUGCAGUUGAUCAUUGCUGUUGUGCAGAAAGCUUUGAUUUGUAGAAUUAAAUUAACUUUUUAUGAAUGAAUACCUUAACCUGACAACAGCCAGAUGCAUGUCUCGCUCCGC